ACGACGCGGAAAACGUCACUUCCGUUGGAGUGCCGUCGGAGAGGAGAAAGGACACAACGAAACCGUUCAUUUUCUCCAGAUUCCAAGUGUAUAUGGGCGAUUCAGAUCGAUAUUAGAGUUUUAACAGAUCUUAACGGGGUGUGUUUUGGAGUGCACGGAGAGAUGUCGGACGAAUUGGUGAAGCAACUGAGCAGCUACAGAGCUCAGCUCCAGCAGGUGGAAGCGGCACUCUCUACCGAUCAAGAAAAUGAAGAUCUGCUAAAGUUACAGAAAGACCUUCAGGAGGUGAUUGAGUUGACAAAAGAUUUGUUAACGGCUCAGCCAGCAGAGGGCAUAGCUAGUAACAAUAGUUCGGAUGCUGCACCACCAAAACACAGCUGGAAAGUAGGAGAUCGUUGCAUGGCUUUGUGGAGCCAGGAUGGACAGCAGUACGAAGCAGAGAUAGAGGAGAUUGACAGUGAGAACGGCACAGCUGCCAUCACCUUCACGGGCUACGGCAAUGCUGAGGUGGUGCCUCUGCAUGCACUCAAAGCAGCUGAGCAGGCCAAAAGCAGCAAGGAGGAAGGAAGCAAACCCAAAUCCAAGAAGGAGCUGCAGGCAGAGCAACGGGAAUACAAGAAGAAAAAGGCACAGAAGAAAGUACAGAGGAUGAAAGAGCUGGAACAAGAGCGAGAGGACCAGAAAUCCAAAUGGCAGCAGUUUAACAAUAAAGCUUAUUCAAAAAACAAGAAGGGGCAAGUAAAACGCAGUAUAUUCGCCUCUCCUGAGAGCGUGAAUGGAAAAGUUGGUGUGGGUACGUGUGGGAUUGCAGAUAAACCCAUGACUCAAUAUAAUGACACAUCCAAAUACAAUGUGAGGCAUUUGAUGCCACAGUGAGGUGUUCAUGUCUGUGCUCAUCCCACCCCAAAAAGAACAGCUGGUGGAACAACCCGAAAUUGGUCUGGACACUGAAAGGAUCCUGCUAUACGAUUCCACCACAUUUUUAUUUUGGGACAUGGAAAAGAUUAUUUUGAGAUGUAAGAAAAGGAAAUAGCUGUUGAUUGGAAUGCAGAAGUUAUGAGUACAAGACUGCGGCUUCAGUGUGUUACAACUCUAAACUGUAACCUCAUAUUGAUAUAACCUCCACUGGAAGACAACCUGGAACUGUUCAACCAUCUAACUAUGAAGAGUAAGUUUGAGAUGUGUGAAUAUAAAUAACACACAAUUCAGAUAGAUCAUAUUAAUAAGCCACUGUAUCUGGACCUGCAUUUUGCCACUAGUCCAGGAUUUGUUUAGGGAGAAUGGUAAUAUAAUUUAUCUUAAUGGCCUUGAUGUACACCUAAUACACAGUAACUUUUAGUUUAGGCCCAAAUUGCAACCAUAUAACUAUUCCAGUGGAGAAGGGAACUCUGACUUUUUAGUAUUUAAACUUUUGGAUAUGCAUUCAGAUGCUUUUGGGUUAAUAUUGGAAAGUUAGGUGAGAAUAUUUGUGUGUUUUUCAUCGAAUAACCUGAGAGACUUUGUAUAGUUUGUAUGCUUAUUGUGUGUCAAAAUUAUUUGCUAAAAUGUCAGAGUCCUAUACAUCCACGCGUCACCAUUUUGUGGAAUUCAUUUCUGUUGUCUGUCUUAAUUUUGCUUUAAGGUUUUAUACACCUUUACAAAGAAUAAAGAUGUUUUUGUAUCUGUUGA